AUGACGACGCAAGGCGAAGGCCUCUCUUGGCCCCAGUUUACCAACGUAUCCUUCGACGGCACCAUCUCGAGUCAGCCAUCGGCAGGUUCAGACGCGUUCGACACAGCACCCGAGACCGUCGACUUUGGCGCAUCUCAGGCGUUCUUCGGCGGGCUAGACCACUCACCUUUCGGACUGCCUCCCCAAGACGGACGCGGCCACCCUAAUCACCGGUAUCGUUACGAGCACGACACCUUCUCCACAUCAUCAAGGCCGGUCAUCUCUGGUUCAGAUCCCAUCAGUAAGCUUGGUUUCACCUCGAAUCGCGCCUCCUCACAGCUACAUGGCAUGGCAGACAUGCACUCGCCUCCUCAGUUGAGUCCCCACAAUGUACACAUGCCGACCAGCCACAUUUCAUACCCAAACGCUUCUACACCAACCCACUUCUCGCCUCCGGAACAACAUACCCAGCACUACCAAAGUCCUCAUCAGAAAGCAUACGCAGCACAGAACGCAUCCUCAACACAGCAACAACAGCAGAACGAGGCGUCGCAACGUCUCGCCGAGAUCGAACGCCGCAACAGGGUGCGGGAAGAAGGCAAGGCACGCAGGACGCUGGAGAUCACAAAGCAGGUGAACGACGGCAUGGCAGCGCUCCAGCUUGAGAAAGACGAUUCGGCGCAUCGCACCGCCGAAGUCGAGCGGCGCAACAGGCAACGCGAGCAAGACAAGGAAGAGCGGAGGCUCGCCAUCCAGAAGCAGGUAGAGGACGGCAUCAAAGCGAUUCAGCGCGAGAAGGAGCGCGAACGCGCCCAGGUCGAAGCGGACCGAGAUGCUUGCCGCAAGUGGCUCUCAGAUUUGCACCUAGCUGCGUGCUCCUCGAACGCCGUCGGGCCAUCAGACUCCGAUACAGUAGACCUCCAUGAAGCGAUAGGACGCCAGAUGCAGGGCUUUUGGGAGGCAUCGCGUCCCGCCGCCUCGAGUCAAGCAAUCCGCAACGAGGUCAUCGCCGACGUCCAACGUGCUAUCAACGCCAAGUGGCCCCGUCAGGGCCUGCAAGUGGCAGCCUUCGGCUCCAGCGUGACGGGACUCAUCACCGAGACAUCCGAUCUUGAUCUCGUCUUGCUCGAUCCCACGCGUCCCUACGGCGUCGGCACACCAGCAGAGCUGCGCCGCGACACCAGAGGUUUUGUUCGUCACACGAGCGGCAUGCCCGAGUGGUACAGCACCAACCAGAUCGGCAACGCCAUCCGCAACUCGGGCAAGUUCCGCAACAUCGUGCCCAUCAGCAGCGCCGCCGUGCCAAUCGUCAAGAUGGUCCAUAGGAAGCAUGACAUUCCCGCCGACAUCAACAUCAACGAGCGAUUCGGUCUCUUCAACUCGCAGCUCAUCCAAGCCUACGCCAACUUGCAACCGCAGAUCGUACGGCCGCUUAUCUUCUUUCUCAAACAUUGGUACUCGCGCUGCGAACUCAAUGAUCCAGCUGGCAAGCGCGGGUCCAUGACAUUCAGCAGCUACACCAUCGCCCUCAUGGCCUUGCAAGUGCUUCAAGUCGAAGGUGUGCUGCCGAACCUGCAAAGUCCCGCCCUGCUAAACAGACUCAACGUGGCACCCAGCUUCCUCUACGCCCGUACCAGGCGACCGGCACGCGGCAAGAACGCACGGUCGGCCCUGGUCGAAGAUGCGUCGCCUCCAAAAAAGUACGAUGUGACCUUUGCGACGGAACACUCCGACGCUGAGCUGCAGAAGGGCAAAGUCAUCAACCCCACCGCAGACGACGCUCCCAAGAACAUGGUGUCAAGCAGUGAUCCUUUGCUCGGCAGGAUGCUGAUCUCGUUCAUUCGAUUCUACAUGCAACUUGACAGACGUAGGCAUGUUGUGUCUGUGGUGAACGGGUCGUUGUUGCCACGAAAGAGGGGCUCGCAUCCGAGACACGUUCUCUUCGACUCGGCUAGCGAAGAUGACAGUCUUGAACCCGAGGACGGCGACAGGCAAGAAUCUCCGGAUCUUCUGUCAUUUGCAUUCAGAGACGGCGACGCUCGCACCGCCUUGCGCGAAGAGCAACAAGACAUAUGGGCUGGCGAAGAAUUGGUGGUGCAAGAUCCCUUCAUCAUCGACCGCAACACCUCUCGAAACGUCAAGGCUGCGGCGAUCGAAAAGUGGCAAAGCACGAUGCGAAGCGCUGCCGAUCACCUGGGUGUGCACUUGGAGCAGAACACGAAACACGCUCACCGGGUGAGAGUCGAGGACGCCCCGCUCAUUCUUGACCUUUGCAUCCCGCUCGGGAUUCGCGCUGAACUCGAUGCCGCUUUGCCCGACGCCAGAAUGGGCAAUGGAGGCGGAACAGUGGAGCCAUGGCGGCGAGAGGAGGAAGAAGCAGCACAGGCGCGCGAGAUCGCCAAACAAGCCGCCAAAAAACUACGCCAGGAAAAGAAGAAGCAAGCUCGCAGAUCCAAGGCCAGUGAAGCACGCAGGCUGCAGGAAGAGGCGGCCAUGGUGGAAGACAUGAUCGAUGGCAUGGAGUCGCGUCGUCCGACGACAAGUGCACAGCUGUCGGAGAACUGGCGUCUGAGACCAGACAAUGGCAACGGCACAAACACCGGCUCCAGCCACAGCCCGGCUUUCGGCAGCAAUCAAGGCGACGGAGCAGAACCGAGCUUUGUCCCUUUCACGUUCAGCGUGGAAAGGUCGUCAGGGCCCAUCCCCGCAACAGCACCUCUCCCACCAAACACGACCGUCAGCAAUGAGGGAGACAAGCAAUUGUCUGCACGCGGGCAAGCAAAUGGCAGUCCGACGGUCUCGAUCAGGACGGAUGGAUCAUCCGAGUCAGAAGACAUCGACCUGGUCGCGUUGCGUCUUGAACGGGUGGCUCAGCCUUAG